CACGCGUAGCUCCGAAACUGGCGCCGCAAGAUGCUCCAGCUUGCGGCCUUCCUCGAACUUGCAGUUUGAGAGAGGAGCGGCGUGCGGCUAUUUCCACUUCUACCGAAUACCUUGGUGUUGGUGGUGGAGUUAAUUCAAGCUGCUCAACCUCAAGCUCUUUGUCUUUAGUGGUUUCUCAGGACUUUAUUGAUAGUACAAAUAGAGCUCGCGAACGCGACAACUUUCUAGCUUCUUCUACAGCAUCUUCUGGCUUUUUAUCCUCGAAUCUCCCAAGCGUGCGUUCGAACCCUUUGUCGGCUCCUACAACAUCAAUAAAACCUGGCAUUUGCAGCUUUGAGGAUUCACCCCCGAUCCUGGAGUCUCCAGAUUUCCUCACUGAUUCAGUGGCUGGAGUACUACUUGACGAUGAUGAUGAUAAUGUCGAAAAAGCUAGCUGCGUCGUUCUUGGUGAACAAGAGGACUUAGACGACCUAGACAGGGAGGACGUGGCUGAAAUCGAGAUGAAGGUCUGUGCGGUU